UAAAAUGUAUAGGGUAAACGCCCUCGGAAUCUAUUUGUGGGAAACUAUUGUCUUUUUUAGCUUGGCAGCAUCUAAAGAAGCCGCAGCACGCAAGGCGGCCACACCGAUGCCACCCUCAGAGUUCCUGGACAAGCUGAUGGGGAAGGUGUCGGGUUACGAUGCCAGGAUCAGACCGAAUUUUAAAGUGGUAGACCCACAAGGGCCCAGACCGGAUGGUACACACAAGAAAGGUCCACCUGUCAACGUAACGUGCAACAUUUUUAUUAACAGCUUUGGGUCCAUUGCUGAGACCACAAUGGACUACCGAGUGAACAUCUUCCUGAGACAGCAGUGGAAUGACCCCCGACUGGCAUACAGCGAGUACCCUGACGACUCCCUCGACCUCGACCCCUCUAUGUUGGACUCCAUCUGGAAACCUGAUCUGUUCUUCGCCAACGAGAAGGGAGCCAAUUUCCAUGAGGUCACGACCGACAACAAGCUGCUUAGGAUCUCGAAAAAUGGCAACGUUCUCUAUAGUAUAAGAAUAACACUGAUUCUGGCAUGUCCGAUGGACCUGAAGAACUUCCCCAUGGAUGUUCAGACUUGUAUCAUGCAGCUGGAAAGCUUUGGAUAUACAAUGAAUGACCUCAUAUUUGAAUGGGACGAAAAAGGAGCCGUACAGGUGGCUGAUGGGCUGACAUUACCUCAAUUUAUACUGAAAGAGGAGAAAGACUUGCGGUACUGCACCAAGCACUACAAUACAGGAAAGUUCACCUGCAUUGAGGCUCGCUUCCAUCUGGAGCGCCAGAUGGGCUAUUACCUCAUUCAGAUGUACAUCCCCAGUCUUCUGAUUGUCAUUUUGUCAUGGGUGUCCUUCUGGAUCAACAUGGAUGCCGCGCCUGCGCGAGUGGGCCUCGGCAUCACCACCGUGCUGACCAUGACCACACAGAGUUCCGGUUCCCGCGCCUCACUGCCCAAGGUGUCCUAUGUGAAGGCCAUCGAUAUCUGGAUGGCCGUGUGUCUGCUGUUCGUCUUCUCCGCGCUGCUCGAGUACGCCGCCGUCAACUUCAUCGCCCGCCAGCACAAGGAGCUGCUGCGCUUCCAGAGACGGAGAAGGCACCUCAAGGAGGAAGAGGCCGGUGAGGGUCGCUUUGGCUUCGCCGCGUAUGGUGUGGGACCCACCUGUCUGCAGGCCAAGGACGGCAUGGCCAUCAAGGGCAACAACAACAACGCGCCCGCCUCCAACAACCCGCCCGAGAAGACGGUGGAGGAGAUGCGCAAGCUCUUCAUCGGCCGCGCCAAGCGGAUCGACACGGUGUCGCGCGUGGCCUUCCCCAUGGUCUUCCUCGUUUUUAACAUUUUCUACUGGAUCACCUACAAGGUCAUUCGCAUCGAAGACGUCCAUAAGCAGUGA